GCCAGGGGCGGGGCGGGGCUGGCUGCUGGCGGCGGGCGGCGGGCGCGGCCGGACGGGAGUUCCCCAGAGAAGGAGCCUGCUGCCCGAGUCCCGUCCCCAGGCUUCCCCAAUCCAGGGGACUCGGCGCCGGGACGCUGCUAUGGACGACAUUUUCACUCAGUGCCGGGAGGGCAACGCAGUCGCCGUUCGCCUGUGGCUGGACAACACGGAGAACGACCUCAACCAGGGGGACGAUCAUGGCUUCUCCCCCUUGCACUGGGCCUGCCGAGAGGGCCGCUCUGCUGUGGUUGAGAUGCUGAUCAUGCGGGGGGCACGGAUCAAUGUAAUGAACCGUGGGGAUGACACCCCCCUGCAUCUGGCAGCCAGUCAUGGACACCGUGAUAUUGUACAGAAGCUAUUGCAGUACAAGGCAGACAUCAAUGCAGUCAAUGAACAUGGGAACGUGCCCCUGCACUAUGCCUGUUUUUGGGGCCAAGACCAAGUGGCAGAGGACCUGGUGGCAAAUGGGGCCCUUGUCAGCAUCUGUAACAAGUAUGGAGAGAUGCCUGUGGACAAAGCCAAGGCACCCCUGAGAGAGCUUCUCCGAGGUCCAUCUCCCCACCCGCUAACUUGUGCUCUCUUGUCCCUUCCCACCUGUCUUCUUCCUCUGUACCACAGCUCAGGUUGUUUUUCUUCCCUAGAGCGGGCAGAGAAGAUGGGCCAGAAUCUCAACCGUAUUCCAUACAAGGAUACGUUCUGGAAGGGGACCACCCGCACUCGGCCCCGAAAUGGAACCCUGAACAAACACUCUGGCAUUGACUUCAAACAGCUGAACUUCCUGACGAAGCUCAACGAGAAUCACUCUGGAGAGCUAUGGAAGGGCCGCUGGCAGGGCAAUGACAUUGUCGUGAAGGUGCUGAAGGUUCGAGACUGGAGUACAAGGAAAAGCAGGGACUUCAAUGAAGAAUGUCCCCGGCUCAGGAUUUUCUCGCAUCCAAAUGUGCUCCCAGUGCUAGGUGCCUGCCAGUCUCCACCUGCUCCUCAUCCGACCCUCAUCACACACUGGAUGCCAUAUGGAUCCCUCUACAAUGUACUACAUGAAGGCACCAAUUUUGUUGUGGACCAGAGCCAGGCUGUGAAGUUUGCUUUGGACAUGGCAAGGGGCAUGGCCUUCCUACACACACUAGAACCCCUCAUUCCACGACAUGCACUGAAUAGCCGUAGUGUAAUGAUUGAUGAGGACAUGACUGCCCGAAUUAGUAUGGCUGAUGUCAAGUUCUCUUUCCAAUGUCCUGGUCGCAUGUAUGCACCUGCCUGGGUAGCCCCUGAAGCUCUGCAGAAGAAGCCUGAAGACACAAACAGACGCUCAGCAGACAUGUGGAGUUUUGCAGUGCUUCUGUGGGAACUGGUGACACGGGAGGUACCCUUUGCUGAUCUCUCCAAUAUGGAGAUUGGAAUGAAGGUGGCAUUGGAAGGCCUUCGGCCUACCAUCCCACCAGGUAUUUCCCCUCAUGUGUGUAAGCUCAUGAAGAUCUGCAUGAAUGAAGACCCUGCAAAGCGACCCAAAUUUGAUAUGAUUGUGCCUAUCCUGGAGAAGAUGCAAGACAAGUAGGACUGGAAAGUCCUUGCCUAAACUCCAAAGGUGUGAGGACAUGGUUGGGGGAGUGCACCUCCCCGAAGCAGGCCUCUGGCUGCCUCCCCUGCCUCCAGUCAUGGUACUACCCCAGCCAUGGGGUCCAUCCCCUUCCCGCAUCCCUACCACUGUGGCCCCAAAAGGGGCGGGCUCAGAGCUUUGUCACUUGCCACAUGGUGUCUCCCAACAUGGGAGGGAUCAGCCCCGCCUGUCACAAUAAAGUUUAUUAUGAAAACAG